CGCUCACCUGCCUGUACACCGAAAACUCAAAUUUCACGCCCCUGACCUUCUCUAGAGCGCGACAUAAUCUUCGUGCACUCCCCCGAUCCCUCCACUGUUAACGUUUAUUCUCGAUUACUGCUCAGAAUCAAGCUUGCAGCUUGCACACAUUGAUUGAAUAUCAGCCCUAGACUCCUCAACUCGGACCCCUUUCCACCCUUCUCUGCUCCUUCUCCCAUCAUGUCUGCCACAUCUUCCCCCCUUCCUCCCGCAGCCCUUCAGGCAUCCAAAGCUGCUCUCUCUGCAGUCCUUGCAGAAAAUGCUCAGACGACCGCAAGUCCCGAGAACUCGGACAAUGAGCAGGGCGAAGUCCAGGAGAUCGACAUGCAAGCUCAGGCUGACGAGAUCCGCACUGUCUUCAGCGAUCCAACCAACUUUAACGUCAAGCAUCCUCUCUACUCCCCGUGGACACUUUGGUUUGAUUCCCCCGCGACCAAAGGACGCAACCUCCCUCAAACUCCUAUAUCCUCAUUUCCUCAAACGCCCCUACCCCAGACCCCAGGUAAUGUUGCAGCUCUGGGGUGGAUGGAAGAUAUCAAAAGAGUCAUCACCUUCGACAGUGUCGAGGAGUUCUGGGGUUUGUACAACCACAUCGUUGCUCCUUCACAUCUCCCACAAAAGGCCAACUACUAUCUAUUCAAGGAAGGGAUUAUCCCUGCCUGGGAAGACGAUGCCAACAAAAAUGGUGGCAAGUGGAGCAUACAGCUCCCCAAAGACAAGAAUCGUUCAAAUAUCGAUAAAAUGUGGCUCUUCACGAUGCUGGCUGCCAUCGGAGAGACGUUUGACCCAUACCUGACCAGUGGCGAGGCCACCGAGCCUCACCCGCAGUCGCUUGUGACCGGUGUCAUUGUGUCGACGCGUCCGCAGUUUUACCGGUUAUCGAUAUGGACGAGGCUGGCACCUACGGGGCAAGGUGACGAGGACGAUAAGCUGCGGGAGCGGAUAGAGGCGAUGGGACGGAACUUUAAGACGAGUGUGCUCGGGUAUAGCGAGAGCCAGAAGCUCCAGGGCCCGUUGGCAACCGAGGUGGAGUUCCUUUCGCACAAGGACUCGGAGAAGAAGGGGAAGGCUGCUAAGAAGAUUGUCAUCUAAUGGCUGUGGUAGGACAGUAGACACGUGUUUAAUUUAUCGGC